AUGGGUGCCACAAGCAGGAAGUCCCGCAUCCGAUACGAUGACGAUAGGUUAUCGGAAGCACAUCCAGAUGAUGUGAAAGAUUCCAAACAGUUCUCCAUUAGGAAGUCAGAGGAGGAUGUGGCAGAGAUCCUGAGUAGGGAAGACUUGCCUUUCAUAGUUUCUAGGGAGGUCAAGGUGCAGAAGAUGAACAAUGCAAUCACCCCACCUCUGUCUCACAGGAUGGAUCCAUAUCAGUUGCAAGUGUCCAACUUACCGGAAGAUGUGACCAGGUCAAAUUUGAAAACCCUAUUCCCAGAAGCUGUGAAAUUUCGCAUCGUCGAUGUCGAUGGGUCCAUGUAUGUUAAUGUGAAGAAGAUCCUCAUGGAGAGUGGGAAACGAGCAUCCGUGAACCUCGCCCAGAUAAAUCACAACCCCUUCAAGAGCAAGGAUUAUGAGGAACUCAAAAAGAUUGAAUCUGCUGGAGCUGAUGUGGCCACCACAAGAGGAGAGACAGAUGGAACAGAUGGGGAGGAGAACUUGAAGUCUGAUGGUGAGGAAUCCAUUGAGAUGGAAUUGGGAAUGCAGCAAUGAAAAUGGGUGGUUGUGGACAUUUCACAUCCAGGUGUUUCAGUUGGACAAAUUUUUCUCAGUCGCAGAGCUCAUCAACCGAAAAAUCAAUGCUAUUUUGCUGAUAAUAAUGCUGUUAUAAUAUCUGUUAUUCUUCCAAAUUUCAUUGGAAAUCUUUUGCCAAUAGGUGGGGUCAUUAUGCUGCAUAAAUGUAUUUGUGCCAUGUGAUAAGACUUUGGGCGGGGGGGGGGGGGGCUUCACUCUGGGAGUGUAGCACAUUCUGCGGAC